AUGCAGCCUCCCUCUCUGAACGAGGAUCUCAGCCUGACCGUGGCCAUUGCCAGGACCCGCCCGCAGCUGGUGCAGUUUCUCCUCCACCAUCCCGACUGGUUGCUCGUCACCUCCCGCCGCUUCCUCCCCGAGGUGGCCCUGCAUGGCCUGGAGGGCAUCACCGACCACCGAGAAAAGGUCUCCAGGCUGCUCGACCUGCUGGAGAAGGCUGGCCCUGCCACCUGGAAGCAGUUCACGCAGUACCUCUGCAUGGAGUUCGACCUCCCUCUGGAUCUGGAGAUACUGCUCAUCAGUUUUGCAGGAGAAGGUAACUCAAGCCAGAAACAAGAAGCAUGCGCAGAUAUGAGUGCCUGGUCCCCUAUGCCAAAAGGGAAGCCUCGUCGCCGUCACAGCAGCAGCUCCAUGGAUGAGAGGGAAGCCAAGCAGCAGUGGCUGGAUCCAGCUGGAAAAUACCAGCGUCUCCUCAUUGAUUCUAUCCACCAGAGGUAUGGAAGCAGCAGGACAGCUGGAGCACAAACCCUGCCACUGGCUUUCAACCAAGCCUUUGUCAGCCUUGUCAUUCAACAGAGCAAACCCUCCCGCUUGAGAGAGAAGGCAGAGAAGCCCCGCGAGGACGCGGCAGGUGCUUCUGAGCCUGAGGAAUGUGCAGGCCCAGCCAUGAAUGUGUCUGACCUGUUCUGGGGUGUGGAGCCAUCAGACAGAACCAGGGUGAUCUUUUUGUGUGGCAAACCAGGAACAGGCAAGACUAGGCUGAUGCACAGGAUUUGCCAGAAUUGGGCAGAAGGUGUCUUGCCUCAGUUUCUCUUCACUUUCCUAUUUGAGUUUCGGCAGCUGAAUUUAUUAAGAAGAAAAUUGACUCUGAAGGAGCUUUUGUUUGACCUGUUUCUUCAGCCAGAAGACGACCCUGAUGUAGUGUUCCAGCACCUCCUGGAAAAUGCCCAGCGAACACUGAUCAUCUUUGAUGGACUGGACGAGUUUACAGCUGACAUGGACGUGUCAUCGUCUUCUCAGGGAUGCCAAACUCCUACCUCCCGUAUGUCCAUCCCUCAGCUCUUUGCAGACCUUUGCCAUGGGAAGCUGCUCUCUGGUUGCACAGUGUUGGUCACCAGCAGGUCCAAGAAACUUCCUGACUUACUAAACACAGUAGAUCUGCUGGCAGAAAUCUGGGGGUUUGACCAUGAAAAGGUUGAGGAAUAUGUCAACCACUAUUUUCAUCAGAGUUCCUUCAAAGAACAAGCCAUUGCCCACCUGAAGAACAACACCAAGCUCCUCAGCAUGUGCCUGAUCCCUGCUCUCUGUUAUGUUGUGUGUGUCUGUUUGGAGUAUUUGCUCUUUAAACAUCAGAUGAGUGUGGAGCUUCCUCAGACUAUGACACAGUUUUAUAUCAAGAUGCUUCUCAUUUUCAUAAACAAACAGCAGGGAGAGGUUGCAGGUGAUGAGGUGACUCAGCUGAAUUGUAACAAGAAGGCCAUCUUGGGUCUGUGUGAUCUUGCACUGAAAGGCCUGGAAGAGAAGAAGCUUAUAUUUUAUGUUGGUGAUGUUCCAGAGCACGUGAAGGAAUUUGCUUCCUUGCAUGGACUGCUGACUGUCUUUGAGGUGAAGACGAGUGGCACUUGCCCAGAGGUUGGCUUUGCCUUUGUGCACUUAAGCUUGCAGGAGUUUUUUGCAGCACUGGGUCUCAUGGUAAGUCAGAGGGUGGACAGGAAAUACCUGAAGAAGAAGUUCUUCUUAAAGUCCAAGUGGACUUUAAAGAAUGAGGCAAAGACCGAGUUGAUGGAGAGUUUUCACAUCUUCCUCUCAGGCUUGGCAUCAAAAGAGUGUAGGACAUUUCUCAUGCUGCUUGCUGAACGAGAUGAGGCUUGGGUGCAGAGUAAGCAGGACACAGUCCUGCAAUCCCUCACCAAACUGGCAGCCACUCAUCUGACAGGGCCUAAGGUCAUUGAGCUCUGCCACUGCAUGUUUGAAAUGCAAGACCUCAAAGUAGCCAAGCACAUUGGGAGCCUUCUGAACUUCAAGUAUGAGUUUAAAAACUUCAGAGUGACACCUCUGGACAUGUCAGCUUUGGUGUUCGUCAUAAACUCAGGCCAGAAUUUGACUCGUUUGGAUUUUGCAGGAUGCCUCGUGGACUUAGACUGUUUGGAGGUUCUGGCUGGCUGUAAAAAUGUGGAGCACUUGAGCUUUCGCUGCAGGAGAUGUGACAAUGACUUUGCUGCUGCUCUUUCAAAGAGUGUACAAGGAAUGGGGAGCCUGAAGAAACUAGAGUUGACUGGUGGGCGCAUCACAGCAGAGGGGAUGACUAAGUUGGUCCAGGCUUCAUCACAGUGUCUCCAGCUUGAGGAGAUAAACUUGCAGGACAAUUGGAUACGGAUUCCAGAGGUGAAGAGGGUGAUGGACCUGUUUUCCAGAAUGGAGAACCUGAAGAAAAUCGACCUGAGCAACAACAACCUCUCCUUGAAGGCUCUUCUGUGCUUGGCAAAGGAGGUCGUCGCUUGUCAAAACGCUGCUGAGCUGUGUGUCAGGAGCAACACAGUGAUGAUACAUUUUUCUGGCUCACCUGGGAAAGUUCGAAGAUACCUGGAUUUGAGAUGGGAAGAGAAUAAGGAACAUGUGACCCCAACUAGAUUUGUGAAGCUGUGCCUGCAGGGCUGCAGCCUGACUUCCCAGCAUGCAGAGGAGAUCGUUGCCAUUCUCAGGAGCUGCCCCUGUCUCUCUGAAGUGGAUUUAUCAGGUAACGACCUUGGAGAUGAAGGCUGCAGUUACCUGGUGGAAAACCUUCCCCAGAUCUCAAUUUCAAAGCAGCUGGAUCUCAGUCAAAACUGCCUCUCUGUGAAUGGCAUCUUCAGUCUGCUGAAGUCAGUAAACACCUGCCAGAAGAUGAUGGAGGUACAAGUCAGCCUUUGUCAUGGGACUGCAGUCCUGAGCUUCACAGGAGACAGAGAAUUUGCUUCCCCUCUUCCUGGGGCAAAGCUUGUGUUCCCUACUGAUGACCAGCAACAUGGAGAGGAAAACCAGACACCAAAUACCCUCCAAAAAAUAAGACUGACAGAUGGUUGUUUUCAAGGCAGUGACCUACAGAAGCUCUUUGCAGUCCUGAAGGAAUGUGGCAGCAUCUCUGAGCUGGACCUGUCCAGUAAUUAUCUGGGAGAUGAGGGACUUCUGCAGCUGUUUGAGUUCCUCCCAAGUUUGAAAAUGUUAAGUUCUCUCACGCUUAAUGACAACCAGAUCUCCAUGAACUCGGUGUUUUUCUUAGCUCAGUCCUUGUCUACAUUGGAACACAUCAAAACAAUGACCAUCAGCUUCAGACACACGCAGGUGGUUCAGCUCACCUUUUGGGAGAGAAUCAGGGCCAGAAGUACCAGCAGAUGGAGAAGCAGUUUCCUGGUACAUCCCAAGUACCCAGCACCCGGGCAGUGCUUUAGUCUCAGGGACUGCAGAGUGGGGCCAGAGGACAUGACCAGGCUGUGCCAGAUACUGGCUCAAUGUCCCCAGCUGACAGAAAUUGAUCUGUCUGGAAAUUCCUUGAGUGACCAGAGCAUUGAGACACUGCUGAGCUUCCUGCCAUGCCUGUGCCACCUGACACUGCUGAGUAUCAGGAAGAACACAUUUUCCCCACGUUGCACUGUCCUACUCACCAACUCCAUCAACCUCUGUGAGCGGAUCAGAAUAGUGGAAGUCCGGUCCAGUGAAAAUGCUGUUUUGCAUUUAGGAGCAGGCGUGCAAAGUCAAAAGACCUCCUGCAGGCUGACAGACUGUGCUAUUGGUCCUGGGCAGGUGGAUGAGCUCUGUGGAGUCCUGGAGCAGCGUGGGUGGCUGGCAGAAGUGGAUCUCUCCAGGAACCAGCUGGGAGACGAAGGCCUGCGGUGCCUCCUGGAUCACUUGGGUCGGGUGCCUGUUACCUGCUCCCUCAACCUCAGCCAUAAUGGGAUUUCUCAGGAUGGAGUUCUGCAUCUCAUAAAUGUCUUGGCCACAUCUGGAAAUACCACUGAAGUCCAAGUCAGCUUGUGCUUCAAAGCAACUUUAAUCAUCAAGUUAACAAGCAGAGAUGACCCAAGAAAGAUUUUGAGACUGGCAGAGUGCAACUUUCAGCCAGAGCACUUGGAAAAGUUGUGUUUGCUCCUGGAAAAGUGCACUGACCUGACAGAGUACAUAUCCUCAAAUAACAACAUGACAGUCCAGGCUGCAGAGAAACUCUUGCAUUCCCUGAGGAAAAACCUGUGUCCUCUGAAAAUCAGUAUAGAAGAGCCAUGGGUAUGUAAGGAAAGUGUCAGGAACCUUCUCCAGCUGGCUGUCCAGGCCUGUGGAAACAUUACUGAGAUCACGAUAUGUAAAGAUAAAACCCUCUUCCAAUUGGGCAUGAGGUUCCCACACUGCCUGGAGAAAGUGGAAGCAGUUGUUAGCAGGUUGGAUCUGUACAGUCCAGAAAUCCAGCCUGCUGGCUUCUACCAAAGGGUUCGUGACAAAUGUGCUCUGCUCCAGGAGCUGAGUUGGUCUCAUGUUGAGCUCCACAGUGCUGAAGCAGAAAUGCUAGUUGGGAUUUUGCUGCCUCUUCCAGAGCUGAAGAAGUUUGGACUGACCUCUAGCAGUGUGAUGGAAUUUGGGACUGAUCACUUGAUCAUGGGCUUGCAGAACUGCCAGGCCAUCGAAGAGCUGAACCUGGGCCACAUGAAGCUCAGCAGCUCUGCCAUCCCUGAGCUGGUGCUGGGACUCCGUGAGAUGCCAUCUCUGAAAAGGCUGAUCCUGAACCAUAACAGCAUUGGGAAUGAGGGCUGCUCCAGCCUCGCAGAAGCCUUGAGGAACAUGCCCCACAUGGAAGAAAUCAAUUUAAGCCACAACAAGAUUGGAGAUGCAGGCCUGAUCAGCCUGGCUGCUGUCCUGCUGGAAAUGCAGAACCUGAAGAAGAUCGACCUUUCAGGGAACAGUCCAUGUUCUGCUGGAGGGGAAAAGCUGAUGGAAGCUCUUGCCUAUUGCAAGCAGAUGGAGGAGCUGCUCCUCUCCAGGAAUGUUUUUGGAGACAGGACAGCAGUGAAACUUGCCCUUUGUCUGCCUCACAUGACCAACCUCAAAAUCCUGCACUUGCAGCACAAUAACAUCGGGCCAGCAGGAGGGAUGGAGCUGGUCAGAGCCCUGGUGGCAUGUAGGCUGCUGGAAGAGCUCAGUUUAUCAGAAAAUUACCUUGGGGAAGGAAGUAUCCGUGCCCUGUCUGAGGGGCUGCCCUGCUUUGAACACCUCUGGAAGAUCGACUUGAAACUCUGUGGAAUCACUGAUGAUGCUUCAAAAUCACUUUCUUGUGGCCUCCGACAGUGCCCUUCGAUGGAGGAAAUAAUACUCUCCUGGAAUGCCCUUGGUGAUGGAGGAGCCCAAGAGUUGGCCAGUGCUCUCCCAGGGAUGGAGAAGCUGAAGAUCUUAGAUCUGGAGAAGAAUCACAUUGGAGCCUGUGGGGCCACAAAACUGGCAGAGGAACUUGCCAAGUGCCCCGAAAUCCAACUCAUAAGGCUGUGGGACAAUCCAGUGCCCAAGGACCUCACUGAGAAUUUGACAAACCAAGAUCCAAGACUGUGUUUCUCCUUCUACUAG